AUGGAGAAGUUACCUCACUACGACAUCGCUCUCUGGCAGGUUCACGAAACCGAAGAUGACUGUGACCUAGUCAUACGAACUAAUAAGGGACAAGCCUUCUACUGCACCAUUUCUCCGUCUCUUUUUAAUCAAUCACCCAAGCUCGCAGAGCAGUAUCAGAAGUGUCUAGACCUACUGCGGUCUGGGGAAGAAGAGCAGGACGAUUUCUACGUCGAAGACGCGUGCGAGUGGCUCUCAAAGCUGUUUGAGCCUCUCAUCGCCCAGCUGGCGCCGUCUCCUUCGCCGGUUCCCAAGGAUGGACGACCCACUCUCUCCCAUUAUCUUUUCCCGUCGUAUUUCGUUUGCCGUAUCGAUGCCACCAACGAGGUACCGCGACCGUACCAGGUAGAGACUCGGGAACACGGCUGGUCCAGGCCGAUCGUGGUUGCCGAUGACGAACUUCUCACAGGCUUCCACGAGUGGACUCAGUCGUACCUUCCGUCCGAAGUCGAGAUUAUCUAUGACUGCCCGGAAGAAGUCUUGAUAAGACGACCGACCAAGGUCCUUGUCGAUGAAGGGAAUGGCGGCAAGGUUGCGUGCUACUUCAAGUCAUUUGGACUCUCAUUCGGCCCAGCGCAUGCGAGGAAGGAACUGAAAACACUGAAAGCAAUUGCCGUGGCGCAGAUACCUCCUGCCCCGGCAACAUGGAUCUGUCGCCUAAGGGGAGUCGUACGAGACGGAAACAAGAUGAUGGGCAUGCUCUUCACUUGGAUCGACGCCAAAGGAGUGUUGUCGAGUGCGAGGGCUGAGCAGAGCUCGCCGGGCCUGAGAAGACGCUGGGCGGAGCAGAUCAGCACGUCCCUGGAGGAGCUGCACCACAAAGGCAUCAUCUGGGGUGAUGCCAAAGCCGAGAAUGUGCUGAUCGACGAGGACGACAAUGCAUGGAUCGUCGACUUUGGGGGCGGCUACACCGUCGGGUGGGUUGACAAGGAGCAGGCCGGAACGCUGGCGGGCGAUGCGCAAGGUCUUGCAAAGAUACUCGAUAUCCUCAAGUAG